AUGGCGGCGCCCUGCGGCUCCUCGCAGCUCCCACCGGCCGAGCCACCGCUCCGCGUCCCCAAGAUGGAGGUGCUGUCGCCGGGCUCACCGGGCGCGCUCAGCGACGGCAACCCCAGCCUGUCCGACCCCUCCACGCCCAGCGGCGCCUCCCCGCUGGGCGCGGGGCCGGCGGCCGGCGGGGCCGCGCUGGGCGCCCGCGGCGGGGCCUCGCCCUCCGUCUCCUUCUCGCCCGGCGGCGCCGCCGCCGCCGCCGCGGCCGCCGCUUGCCGCGGGAUGUCCUGGACGCCGGCGGAGACCAAUGCGCUGAUCGCCGUGUGGGGCAACGAGCGGCUGGUGGAGGCGCGGUACCAGCAGCUGGAGGGAGCGGGCACCGUGUUCGGCAGCAAAGCGCCCGGGCCCGCCAUGUACGAGCGCGUCUCCCGCGCCCUGGCCGAGCUGGGCUACGAGCGCACCCCGUCCCAGUGCCGGGAGCGCAUCAAGACCCUCCGCAGGUGCUACAGCCGCGUCAAGGAGCACGGCGUGGGCAAGAGGAAAAGCAGCUACACCUUUGAGCAGCUGGAGCAGGUGUUUGGGCAGGGAGGAUGGGACUCCCAGCCCUGCCAGCCCGUCCUCAUCAACAGCAGUGGUCUGUACCAGGAGCUGGAGUCAGAUGGCAGCACCAUGGAGGAAUACUCUCAGGAGGACUGGGGAAACCACAGCCAGGAUCUUCACUGCUACCAGACCGGCGAGCAGGAGCUGGAUGAAAUGCCUACCACGAAAAGAACAUUAAAGAUAAAACAGGAAUCUUCAGAAGACACGCAGAAGCGUGACGUCAUGCAGAACAUUAUGCAAAUCUUGGAGUCGGUCCAGUUGAAGUGGGAGCUGUUUCAGAGCUGGACGGACUUCUCCAGGCUCCACCUUUCCAACAAACUGGCCAUUUUUGGCAUUGGCUACAACACCCGCUGGAAGGAGGAUAUCCGUUACCACUACGCCGAGAUCAGCUCCCAGGUGCCCCUGGGCAAGCGGCUCCGGGAAUAUUUCAACUCGGAGAAACCCGAGGGUCGGGUGAUCAUGACCCGAGUACAGAAAAUGAACUGGAAAAAUGUUUAUUACAAAUUCCUGGAGAUCACCAUCAGCGAAGCCCGAUGCUUGGAGCUGCACAUGGAGAUCGACUGGAUUCCCAUCGCUCACUCCAAGCCCACUGGAGGGAACGUGGUGCAGUAUUUAUUACCAGGAGGGAUCCCAAAAAGCCCCGGCCUGUACGCCAUUGGAUACGAGGAGUGCCACGAGAAGCUCCCCUCCCCUCUGGCCGAGCACCGGGCGCCCGACCCCGGCAAUGAGACUCCAGGGGAGCUGGAGGUGCCCUCCCCACAGGCCUCCCUCCGGGUGGAUAUGGAAUCCGCCCGGAUUAUCUACUGUUACCUCGGCAUCGCCGAGGUCCGGACUCUCCAGCAGUGCCUGUUUUUACACUUCCAGGCAAACACCAAAACCUUCAGCAAAGAUUGGGUCGGGAUCAACGCCUUUUUAUCUCAGAACUGCGUCGUAGAGCCCGGCGUCUCACCCAAAUCCAUCUACAUCAAAUUUGUGGAAGUGGAGAGGGAUUUUCUGUCUGCCGGCUCUUUGGUAGAGUGCCUGGAAAAAGCCAUCGGGUACCCCUUAAAAUUUAACAACUGAGUCUCGUCCUUCAUAAGGAUCAGGGCUUAGCGCCCCGUUUUCCAUCUCACUGGGAUCCCCCGGGGCUCGGGGACGUUUCGGCCUCCCCUGUGCGGGGCUGGCAGCGCCCGGCCCGGGGGCGGCCUCGGUACAUUCCACACACGGGACAGUGCACACGGCGCCUCCACACCGCCCCGAGGGCCUGGGCUUCCCUUAUCCCACGGUGUCUCAUUUGGAUGCAUCCGUCUCGAAGUGUUCCUCUGGAUCUGACUCAAUAAGCAAUAGAUAACGGCGAGGGAAAACCCAACUCCCAGCCCGGGACUGUUUUUCAAAGUCACCCUUAGAUACCUUGUAUAUAAUUUAGGACUUCACUUUUUUCACCAUCGAGUGUUCUCCUCUCUCCAAACAGUGUUGCCUGCAAAGACUUUGGGUUCUGUGACGUAUUCCACAUCCUUAGUAGCGUUGCCAUAUCUGCUUUUAUUUUAUUUUAUUUUAUUUUUAUAACAUUAAAAUAAUU